UGUUUCCCCAUCUUCGUUCACAUUCUCUUCGUCACAUCCUGCGCUUAACGGUCACACGUGAAACUUGCGGCGACCGUUCACCCGACGGACAAACACUGCUUAAUUGAACUUCAUAGCUACUGUCGAGUCAUCCGGCACCGCGGCAACUAGCCUAGCUCGUACAAAGACAGAAGCACUAUCCAACAGAAGAAAGCUCGUGCCUUUGUAAUCCAACAACGGAAUCACAAUGGAGAGCGACAAGAUCAAGGUUGCGAAUACGGCCUCACCCUUCACAUACGAAAAGGAUGGAAUUGCCGACCAACGAUCGAGUAGCGACAUGGAGAAGGGUGACUCAAUCAGGGCCGGCGAGACCACGCAGCUGAAGCGUAAGCUGCAAUCGAGGCAUCUUCAGAUGAUUGCCAUUGGUGGCACAAUUGGAACAGGUCUGUUCAUUGGGUCAGGUCAAGCACUUGCGACAGCAGGACCCGCUGGAGCCCUCAUUGCUUAUGCCUUCGUCGGAACACUCGUGUACUCAGUCAUGGUGGCACUUGGAGAGAUGGCCACCUACAUUCCCGUGUCUGGAGCUUUCACAGUCUACGCUGCUCGUUUCGUCGACCCUUCUCUUGGAUUCGCAAUGGGCUGGAUCUACUGGUUCUCUUGGGCCAUUACCUACGCACUCGAGUUGACAGCAUCCGGACUGAUCAUUCAGUACUGGGCGCCCGAUCUCAAUGUUGGGAUCUUCAUUGGCGUAUUCUGGGUGGUCAUUACCGCUAUCAACUUCUUGCCUGUGUCUUUCUAUGGCGAAGUGGAAUUCUGGUUCGCAUCGAUCAAGGUGCUGACUGUGAUCGGCUUCCUAAUUUUCGGCAUUUGCAUCAAUGCAGGCGCGGGCCAACAGGGAUACAUUGGAUUCAAGUAUUAUCAUAGCCCAGGCGCAUUCGCAGAGUACCUCGUCACAGACAACGCCGCUCUUGCCAAGUUCGUCGGCUUCUGGGCUGUCUUGAUUCAGGCUGGAUUUUCCUACCAAGGUACUGAACUGGUCGGUAUUGCAGCUGGAGAGACCGCCAACCCACGGAAGACUGUGCCAGCAGCUAUCAAGAAGACCUUCUACCGUAUCCUCUUCUUCUUCGUAUUCACCAUCUUCUUCCUCGGCAUCCUGAUCCCGUACGACAACGAUCAGCUUCUCAACGAGAACACCGAUGCCUCGGCCUCCCCAAUGGUCAUCGCCGCGAAACUGGCCGGCGUCAAUGCCCUUCCCGGAAUUAUCAACGCUGUCCUUCUCUGCGUCGUCCUCAGCGCCGCGAACUCGAACGUCUACUCCGGCUCCCGUAUCCUCGUUGGUCUUGCCGAUGAACACAACGCACCGGCUUUCUUCAAACUGACCACCGCCUCCGGAGUACCCUACGUGGCCUGCGCUUUCACUGCCGCUUUCGGCCUCCUCGGUUUCAUGAACUUGUCCAACAACGGCGGGACCGUCUUCGACUGGUUCCUGAACAUCACCGCAGUCGCCGGCUUCAUCUCCUGGACGUGCAUCAACAUUUGCCACAUUGCUUUCAUGCGUGCUCUUGCCGCCCGCGGCCAAAGCCGCGAUACACUACCAUACAAGGCCUUCUGGCAGCCGUGGUUCUCAUGGUAUGGAUUGUUCUUCAAUGCGAUCAUCAUCCUUACCAACGGCUUCACCGCCUUCAUGCCAUGGAACACCACGGAUUUCUUCGUGGCGUAUUUGAGUUUGAUCCUGUUCGUGGUCAUGUACGUGGGCCACAAGAUUAUAUGCCGAACACGAUUCAUCAAGGCUGCGGAAGCAGACUUGGACACGGGCAGGAAGGAAGUGGAGGAAAUGUGGUUCGAGGAGGAGGAGCCGAAGACACUUUGGGGGAAGUUCUGGAAGUGGAUGGGUUGAUUUUCGGAUGAGGAAAGGCCACGAUUUUUGCAUGAAGAUUCAUGACUGAUGAUAGUGUGGAUGACCUUUCUUGACUAAUGCGUUCAAAGCGGUUUGUGGCAUUCUGUAACAUAAUUAUGAGACUUGAAAAGCUUGGAAAAACAGUCAUGAGGCAUGCUGUUAGAUGGGAUAGAGGCACGAGAUUAGAAGAACGACUUGAAGCUUGAAGCGAUAAGACCUUUCUACGCUGCUCUUGCCCACAUUUGGUUCAUCAGCACAGCAAAGACGUCAUGUCUACUAAUCGAAUACAAUGAACGGCUCGCUAGACGAUAAAAAUUCCUUCGCCACGCGACACGAACAGACUCGCCCAAAUGCUCACGUGCCCCUAGCAAUAUGUUCAUCCUCAUUCUGCGGCUCCUGGAACGUACUCAAAUCCUCCUCAAACAUCGCUCGAGUUGUCUUCACAAAUCCUGGCACCUUCAACUUCUCCUCCCUCUGAUUCUUCUCACAUACUCUUGCCCAUAAGAUAUCUUCGUCAAAAUUCAGAAACACAAGCUGACUUUCCACUCCGGCAGCUUCGACCACAAGUUUGAAUUCCUC